AUGAUUCUACGAUUGCAGGAGUGGACUGGUGUCUCACAGAUCUUUACUCGGAAUCUCUACCAGAAUCGUCGUAACGAUGUGAUUCUGAUCACCAGUGUUGGAACAGCUACUGCUCGACAACGUCUGGCUCGGCUUCUGCUGCUUCCGAUCGACCAGCUUCGACGCGCCAUUCGUGAUGAAGUGAUGCCAGCAUCUAUUCGUGAUGAGAGUCUUUAG